CACAGAGUGAAAUCUUUUCCGCAGCAGGAUGGCAGGGAGAAGGAUUACUCCUAUUUUAGACUCUUCAUCCAAGUGUCCCAGGGUUCAAAACCGAAGGAGAGUGUAAGAGUCAAAUGGAGACAGACAAGUGACUUUGUGAGGUUUAAUGUCUUCUGAGGAGUGUCAGCAUGACCCUUCAAUGUAAAGCACUCCUGCUAGUCUUUGGUUUUUCGCUAUAUGGUACUCUAUCUGCUGUAUCCCUAAAUAAAGACGGCAGAUCCCACUCUUGGACCAACACUGACAAAGUCACAAAGCCAGCUAGCAGCCCACCAUGGACGCCCCGGUCCAACAAAAUGGAGGUGACUGCUCCAACCAUCCUCAAUUUAUUCCCAAAUGUAUUACAGUCAGAGGAGACUAGCAAAGACCUUGAGGGUCCAGAGGUCUCUAUGGAUGACGAUGGUUUGUCAAGACAUUCUGCUUCAAGAACACCAUGGACCAAGACUUUCACUGAGACUGAUAUUCCUUCAGACAUCCAGCAGGAUGAAGAGGCACCUCAAAUGGAAGCAUCCGAUUGGCCUGAUCUUAGCAGACAGGGCCGUACUGACCAAUCAUCUGAAACAUCUUCAUUUACAACACUGCAGCCUUCAACUUACCCAAACUCUCAGAUGUGGAGUAUAGAGUUUAAGACACCUAUAAUUUGGAAUACAGAGACAUAUAUGUCUCAAGCUGGGCAGAGUACAUCUGAAAAGAGAUUUAGCACUUACCAGACACUUUGGAAGUCCUCAAGUACCGCUCAGAUGCCAUAUGCCAGAGAAACUUUAGAUGGUACCAAUUUGCCAAGAGGGUUGACAGACUAUCUGUGGUCAUCUGAGGAAACAAAGGAUUUGACAGAUGCCCUUACAGUUAGUCUGAAUUUGACAAGACAUGACACUAGAAGAGAGGACGGUGUGAAAACUGAGGCAGUAGACCGAAUGACAAUGGAGCAAAAUGUGCAAACGACCGCCACUGUGAUCAAGGUCACUGAAACACAUCCUCCAGCGUCUCCAGCUGCAGACUGGCAUGAGUCCACCACAGACUGCAACCUGGUUGCCAAUGGGAUCUCUCAGCCCUCUGACUCUUUCAGGAAUCAUGCUUCAACUAACAACACUCUGUCAACUCCACCCCCUGUUUCUGAAACCACCCCCCCUGGAAUCAUAACCCCACCCAUCGAUGCUCUGACUCCACCUCUACUGGUCCCUCUGCUUACUGACUGGAACGCCGCUAUGGCGACAUGGGGCCUUGCAUGGGAGUUGCAGGUUUACGGUCUCGGUUGCGUGUUCUUGCUCGUGGCUGCACUGUCUGCGCUAAGCCUGAUGUGUCUGCCCUUGCGUUGGCCACCUGGCUGCGCCCACUUCAGCCUUCUCCACUUCCUCCAACUUCUGACCGGUUCCAGUCGCGCUCUGUGGCUGCUCUACGACCCAUAUGGCCAACAAGAGCGCCUCCCGGUUGCCUGGGCGCGACUGCUGCACGAAGCCGCCUAUCCUUGUCUUACGGCAGCAUUUGGAUUGCUGUUGCUACUGCUUACCAUGCGCUCCUGCACACAGAUACUGUCCCAAAACACCCUACAGCGCAGCUCCUUCCUGUUGGCUGCACUGGUGCUGCUGCAUGUCACCGCCGUGAUGGUUUCCAUGGCGAUACUGCAGCUGUUUCCCACCCUCCAAGUUGUGCCUCUGAUUCCGCCUGUAGCCUUCUGUUUGAUGUCCACUCUCUUGUCACUCAUGUACCUGCUUUUGUACUUCUGCGCCCACGUGGAUACCAAGCACAUCUACCGGCUUAGCGAGAAUUCGCCGGAGCAUCCGGCAUGCCACGCCAGCCGAUGUCCAUUCACAGAGGCACGUAUGUGGGAAAGGGCGGCCAGGGCGGGAGUGUUCUCUGCCCUAUUUCUUCUAGCAUGUGCCGGCCUAAGAAUCUACGCCAUGCUGAAUGCAAGAGGACUUAACAAUGCCGCCGUGAUCGGCCUGAUGCCGUGGCCCUGGUGGGGUUUUCAGCUCAGCUGCAGAGUGUGUGAAGCUGGCAUGUGUCUCACUCUUGCUCUCGCAAUCACUCACCCGCUUCUUUGUUGUGGAAUGCCCCUUUCUAAACCUGGUGGCUGUUGCUGGCUCUUCGAAAAGUCACCAACAGAGGGCGCCAUAUCCACAGCCAAACCCUCCAUUCUCUCUAGUCGCUGUGGUUGGUCAAUACGGCCUGCAGAGAGUAUCGUACGGCAGGAAAGUGAAAGUGUGCCACUCUACACCCUGGUGGAGUUACCACAUAGUGAAUCCGAUGGUUUGGAUCUCCACUAUCCCAGCAGCCCUCAACGUGAGCAUCCCAUACAGAUCACGCAAACCACAAAGCUUGCAAGCUUGGAUGGCGACUCCACGGUGGAUCUGCGGCCUCCUUCGCCCAUUGACCUGCGACGGAGCAUUGACGAGGCAUUGAACAGUGAGGCUCUGUUCCAGCAUAGCCUCUUUGGCUCUUCCAGGCUCUCUCUCAGCACACGUGGGCCUCCAGACGGACAGCCCUGCUGGGGAGACUCCACUGAACCCAACUUGUACCGCACUGCCUCAUGUGGGGAUGUGGACCCUAGUACUGUGCCCAAUCGACCCAAGCAAUGGGGCACUAUAGCAGGGAGACCAUCGCUCACUCACGACGCAGUGUAUUGCAGUGGGUUAAAUUUGAUACAACAGUCUCAGAGCAGUCUCCACCAGGGCUCUCACACAUGCCAGCAACUCCACAAAUGGUACACAACCUUGGGCUCUACUUCUUCCAGAGAGAGCCUAGAUGUAGAGACGCGUUCUCGUGCUGAUGAGCUCGCCGUUCAUGCAGAAUUCAUUAACGCUUGCAGGCAGAUAGAUGCCUUCAGUGUCUGCAGUGAAACAAUUGACUUAUAAGACA